AUGCGCGCUGCUGGGAUUGUGUUUCCAGGUGACAAGAUCCCCGCAGUCCGUACGAAAGAUCCAGAACCUAUGGAUGAAACCCGCACAACGCCUGCGAUGAAAUCAGGCACAUUUCGAGUCAAGAAACCUCACUCAUUUGGCGUAGUUAUCUACCCAAGGCACCGGGCAUCAGACAUCGUCACGCUUAAUCAUUUUGCGCGGCCGAAGCCAUUGACGGGGAGGGUGGCCUCAUGCCUCAUCCACCGGAGCCUGACGGAGCCUUUGUGGAUCACGGCCUCGGCGGCGCGCAAAGGAAGUUCCUCUAUUCACAACUGUGCCAAGUCCGUCACGUCUAGGCGGCUACUACACGCCUUUCGGCUAGCGCUUGAGAUGCACGGCUACGAUAAGCACGGGAGAAGGAUCCAGGAGUCGAGCGACAAGCCUGAACAGCUGUAUGGGACGGUCAUUCUUCAGGCCUUGGUGGUCGAAGCUAUUAGGACAGAUUUCAAUGCCAUCGUUAAAUAUUACCACCUUAUAAUCGACCGGAUAAUACCGGCUCUGGGGUGCGCUUCUGGCGAGAAGCCGCAAUUGCGGUUCAAUCGCCUCCAGACAUAA